AUGAGAUCUUCAAAGGCUCCAACAGCCUCCCAAUUGCAAGCCCCACCACCACCACCAUCAUCCACUAAGAAUAGAUUUUUUGGUGCUGGUGGAUUAUCCUCCUCCAUCAGAAAAGCUGCCGCUGGUGCCACUGGUCCAGAAUUGUCUAGAAAAUUGGCUCAAUUCAUCAAGAUGGAAAAGAAUUUGAUGAGAUCCAUUGAAGUCACUUCAAGGGAAAGAAAAGAUAUUGCUAGACAAUUGAGUGCUUGGGGUGAAGAAAAUGAUGACGAUGUUUCUGAUGUCACUGACAAAUUGGGUGUCUUGAUUUACGAAAUUGGUGAAUUGGAAGACCAAUACAUUGAUAAAUAUGAUCAAUACAGAAUCACUUUAAAGAGUAUUAGAGAUAUUGAAGGUUCAGUACAACCAUCAAGAGAAAGAAAACAAAAGAUUACUGAUGAAAUUGCUCACUUGAAAUACAAGGACCCGCAAUCCCCAAAAAUUCCAGUUUUGGAACAAGAAUUGGUUAGAGCAGAAGCUGAAUCUUUAGUUGCUGAAGCUCAAUUGAGCAACAUUACUAGAGAACAAUUGAAGGCUGCUUUCAACUACCAAUUUGAUGCUACUAGGGAAUUGGCUGAAAAAUACGCUUUAAUUGCUGGUUACGGUAAAGCCCUUUUGGAAUUGUUGGAUGACUCAGCUGUUACUCCAGGUGAAACUAGACCAGCUUAUGAUGGAUAUGAAGCUUCUAAGCAAAUCAUUAUUGAUGCUGAAAAUGCUUUGGCUUCAUGGACUUUGGAUUCUGCUGCUGUUAAACCAACCUUGUCAUUACACCAUGAAUACGAUGAAGAUGAAGAACCAGCUGAAAUUGAUGACGCUGCUCAACAAGAAUUUGCUAAACACGAUGAACAAAAUGAACACAAUGGUGAACAUACCGCUUAA